GACAGGCCCGAUACAACCCUAAUCGGUCUCUCUUUCUCUGUGUUUCAUCUCGUAAACAAUGGUACCAAAGCGGCAACCUCACGAUCUCCCCCCUCCAAUUCACUCAUCUGAGAGUGAAUCUGAAGACUCAAGCAGCAGUGAUGACUCUGAUUCAGAGCCCCAACAGCUCACUCAACCGAGACCUCAAGAGCCCCAUCAAGAUUCUCAGGAAUCAUCUGGUUCUGACGCUGAUUCUGGCUCAGAUGCUGAAUCUGAUUCUAGUUCUGACAAGGCCCAGAUGCCCCCUUCUGUUGUAUCGCCUCAACCCAAGAAACCCACUUCGACGCCGGCCCAAUUGAAGGCCAAUGGCAAGCGCCCAGCUGAGGUGGAGCAAGGCGAUAAGGUUUCGAAGAGCAAGAAGAGUAAGAAUGUUGAGAAAGUCGAUAAGGGCUCCAAGAGUGUUGGGAAGGUGGAUAAGGGUCCGGAGAAGAGUAAAUUGAGUAAUGGGGAGGGCAGUGAGGAUAAAAAGACGGCUCUUUUUGCGAGGUUGUUUUCGGAGAAAGAUGAGAUUGUGUUGCUGGAAGGGAUGAUUGAUUAUAGGGAAAAGAAAGGGGCUGAUCCGAGUUUGGAUAUUGUGGCGUUUCAUGAGUCGAUUGAGGAUAUGUUGUCUUGUAGUGCUACAAAGAAUCAGAUUGUGGAUAAGAUUAGGAGGUUAAGGAAGAAGUUUGUGAAUAAUUUGAAGAGAGGGCAGAAUGGGGGAGAUCCGGUUAUUUCGAGGCCUCAUGAGUAUAAGUCGUUUGAGCUUUCGAAGAAGAUUUGGGGAAGUGAGGUUCAAGGGAGUGAAGUGGACGGUGAUAGUAAGGGGAGGAAUGGCAGAAAAAGGAAUAAGAAGGAUGAUAGUAAGAAGGUUGAUAAUGGGGGUAGUAAAACUCCAUUGAGGGUGGUCCGGAAGGAGAGUGACAUUGAUGAGGAAGUUAUGCACAGAAAUGAGGUAGAGACAGAGGAUUGUUGGUCAUUGUAUCCGUUCCUGUGCGCUUCGAUUGAAUCAGAGGCAAUCAAGAAUUUUAAAGGGCCAAUGAGCCCAAAGGAGUACGUGAAGAAGGUAGUCAGUAGGCUUGAGAAGGAGAAGGCCACUGAACUAGAGCACGAAUGGAAUGAUUAUAUUAUGAUGGAGCAACAGGUGUAUGUCAAGAGGGUAACAACGAUCUCUAAACAAGCUGAAGUUGCGAUGAAAGUGAUGAAACCUUAAAAUCAUUCUGUAGCGAGGUAAUUUCAAGAUGGUUUGUCUAGUGUGUGUCCGUAGGCACAUGCUAAGCACUAAAAUUCAUAAAUUUGGAUGGUUUUGAUUGGUGUGGUUGUUGUAAAUGGAGGGGGCACCAUUAUUAAAGAAUGUAAUCCAAUCAAAACCAUCCAAUUUCAUAAAUUUUAUUGCUUAGCAUGUGCCCAUAGAAAAACCGUUUCAGGAUUUAUGGAUGAUGAAUCACUGAGCAUAUAACUAGAGAGUAUGGUCAUUUAGUGUGGCAGUUACCUUUCAAUUUUAGUUUUAAUGUCUUCAAAAGAAUUUGCAAUGGGAUUUGUUUGUCUGCAAAUAAUUGUUUUAAGCUUAGAAUGUUCUGUAAUAGUGUUUGUAUUUGUGGCUUCAUAACUCCGUGGAGUUAACCAUUUUGAUUGAUUAUUUAGUUUCUUUUCAAGGCA